GUGGGGGGUAGCUGGAGCAGGUAAAGGUGGAUGUGUUUAGUCUGUUCAUGAAUGUGGGGGAGACAGGAAGGGGGAGGACAGCCUGAAGAAGAGACGGAGAGGGGUGAAAGGAGGACAAAGGAGCCGACUGAGAGGAAGGAGAGCUGGGAAGAGAGAAGGACUAAGAGAAGAGGGGAUGUCGGAGAUGAUCUCUUCGUGUGGGAGUCUGUAUGACAGCAGCAACCUGCUGCUACAGUACUGCAACAACAACGAUGACACGGUGUCGGCCGGCAGUAACAUGGACAUGGAGGACCGGGUUUCACACCUGGAGCAGAAGCUGCAGCUGCAGGAGGACGAGAUCCAGCUGUUGAAGUCGGCUCUGGCUGACGCCCUGCGCCGACUGGGCUACUGUGAGGAGAAGAGCCUGGGGACGCAACCGGGAGGCGUCCAUGCUGCUGGGAGGAGACCUCUGGCCACCACAGCUUCAGCACCAGCUACCAAGGGUAAGAAAGUGCGUCAGCUCCUGCAGGCUCUUCCCUCCAGACCUCUGAGUAAUGGCUACAUUCAGCAGAAACGCCACCUCUCCUCCCCUUCCUCUCCUAAGAAGGAGGUGCUACAGUCCAUUAAGAGGAAGAGUAUGUCCACAGAGCGUCUCACCCUGGUGAGGAGAGAUAUGGGAGCGGAGAGUCGCAGUCGAACCACCUCCUCCAGCAGCUCCUCCGGAGGCAAAAGCAAAUCCAAAGAAUGCACCCUCAACUCAGAGGAUGGAUAUGUGCGGAUGUUCAUCCGAGGUCGUCCUGUCACCAUGCACCUCCCUGAUGAGAAGAGGGAGAGCUACAGCCUCGACCACAAGGUGGCGCUACCUGACCGCAAGCUCAAACUGCAGUGGGUGUAUGGCUACCGCGGACGUGACUGCCGCUCCAACCUCUACCUGCUGCCCACCGGAGAGAUCGUCUACUUCAACGCCUCUGUGGUGGUGCUGUACAACACCGAGGAGCAGCAGCAGAGACACUACCUGGGCCACAACGAUGAUGUCAAAUGCCUGAGUGUGCAUCCUGACAUGGUUACCAUAGCAACGGGGCAAGUGGCUGGAAACUCUAAAGAUGGAAAGCUGCUGGCUCCUCAUGUUCGUGUCUGGGACUCUGUGAGCCUCAACACGCUCCAUGUGAUCGGGAUGGGAGUGUUCGACAGAGCGGUCACCUGCGUGGCUUUCUCCAAGUCGAACGGCGGCACCUUCCUCUGCGCUGUGGACGAUGCCAACGAUCACAUGCUGUCGGUCUGGGACUGGCAGAAGGAGAAGCAACUGGCUGAAGUGAAGUGCUCCAAUGACUCGGUACUGGGCGCUGUGUUUCAUCCCAUGGAUGCCAACCUGAUUGUCACCUGUGGAAAAUCCCACAUCAACUUCUGGACCGUGGAUGGCAACACUCUCACCAAGAGACAGGGCCUGUUUGAUAAACAUGAGAAGCCAAAGUACGUGUUGUGUGUGGCGUUUGCUGAGAAUGGAGACGCCAUCACAGGAGACUCCAGUGGAAACAUCUACGUCUGGGCCAAAGGUGGUAGCCGUAUCAGCCAGGUGGUGUCGGGGGCCCACGAGGGAGGGGUUUUCUCUGUUUGUGUCCUGAAGGACGGCACCAUGGUGUCUGGAGGAGGGAAGGACCGCAAGGUGGUGCUGUGGGACCACGACUACAGAAAGCAGUCCGAGAUGGAGGUGGGCGAGUCGCUCGGUCCUAUUCGGGCGCUGGCUGAAGGUAAACCUGGAGAGCUCUUCGUAGGAACCACCAAGAAUGCCAUCAUCAGAGCCGCCUUCCCUGAUACAUUAACUCCGAUUGUACAGGGUCACACAGAUGAGCUGUGGGGUCUGGACGUCCAUCCUUCCAUGGAGCAGUUCGUCACCUGCUCCCAGGACAAACAGGUUCACCUCUGGGACACCAACUCCCAUCAGCCCCUCUGGAGCAAGACCAUUGAGGAUCCAGGGAGGUCUGCAGGUUUCCAUCCCAGCGGGGCGGUUCUGGCUGUGGGGACCAUGACUGGAAGAUGGUUGGUGCUGGACACCGACACCCGGGAUCUUGUUUCUAUGCACACAGACGGCAAUGAGAUCAUUUCCAACGUCAAGUACUCUCCAGACGGUAACUUCCUGGCUGUUGCUUCCCACGACAACUUUGUUUACAUCUACGCUGUGACGGAGACCGGCCGAAAGUACAGCCGUGUGGGGAAAUGCACUGGCCACUCCAGCUUCGUCACCCAUCUGGACUGGUCGGCAGACAGCCAGUACCUCGUCACCAACUCAGGAGACUACGAGAUCCUCUUCUGGGAGGCAUCCAGUGGUAAACAUGUGACCAGCAUGGACACAGUGCGUAACCAGGAGUGGGCCACCUCCACCUGCACUCUGAGCUUCAACACCUUUGGAGUUUGGCCAGAUGGCGCAGACGGCACAGACAUCAACGCCGUGUGCAGGUCACAUGACGGAUCCCUGCUGGCCUCUGCCGAUGACUUUGGCAAAGUGCACUUGUUCUCCUUCCCCUGCUCUCAACCAAGGGCUCCGAGCCACGAGUACGGUGGCCACAGCAGUCACGUGACCAACGUUGCCUUCCUGCACGACAACAGUCACCUGAUCUCCACUGGUGGGAAAGACACCAGCAUCCUGCAGUGGGCGGUCUAGGCGAUGCUAUCCACCCCACAUCUCUAAUCCCCCCACAGGCGGGUCCCAGCAUCCUCUCUGACCCCUGCAACCUCAUCACUGUUCUAUCCUCCUGCCACCAGGGGGCAGUAUCUCCACUGUGCCUGCUGGACAUUAAUAAAAAAAAAAACACACACACACAACUUGACCCACAGAUGUCACACCGGAUGAGAUGAUGAGGAAUUGUAAUAAAUGGAAUAUUAUUUAGUCUCCUGCUGUUUGUUAUAGAAUGUAGAGACUUGUUACCAUGCAGGAAGUGAAUCCUACCUGUUCCCCAAAAAAAAAUCUACUACUGCAACACCGACCCAGCUGGAAGCUGCUGCUGGUGGCCACACAGUGAACCUGUGAUUUAGCAUUAGUACUAACUGUGCCUGAAAUGUAUUUAUCUUAAACCCCCUUUAAUGGGAAAUCCACCUACUUUAAAGGACAAGAGUGUUUGCAAGUUUUAGCGCCUUAAUUACAACUCAUGUACACUUUACAGUUUUGUUGAACAGUUUGAAUGCAUGCUACACAGUUAGGAUUAUAUUAAUAUUUUAGGGUUUAAUAUUAGGGUAUUUUCUUCUACUCUUUCAAGCAGCUAUUGGUUGCUAUAAAGUAUGAAAAUCAGUUAGCAGACAUGCUCAGUCAGUCAGUCUGCACUAGAUCAGCAUCAUGUGAGAUUGACAGAAAAUAAUGCAGGAUCUGUUUUCACUUUAAUUGAUUACUCGGCUAAAAUAGUUUCUGCAUGGAAACAAAUGGAUUAGGAAGAAUUAAGAACAAAAAAUGCACUUAAAUAUCUAAAAUAGCAGCUUGGUUUGCAAAAUGGUGAGCUGUGAUGUAAAGUGUACGUGAUUUGAAAUGACAGUUAAAACGUGAAAUCGCAUCAUCCUUUAAGAAUUCAUGUAAUUUCUGCACCCCAGGUGAGCGCAAUAGAUUCCUACGAACAUGCACCGCUCGUUCCUGAAGCCAAAAAUCACAGAGAUAAACUUUGAAACCUGUAACAAAAACUUGUGCAGGGAGUUCGUAAAACAGAAAGUAAUAUUCUGAUGUCAGUGUUACUGUUAAUUUACCUCUAACUUUGAGAAAGAGUGAUGCAUGUUUAGAAGAACUUACUGACCUCUCCUGGGGCAAAGGAGGAUUGUAUUAGAAUUCAUAAAAUAGGUGGUAUUCCCCUUUAAAAUGCUAUAACCCCAUUGCCUUGUUAUCUUACUCUUUUCCAUCCUUCAGCCUCAUUUCCAAACUCUUAAGGUGCAGAUUGUUUGUGAGUAUUACAGAUUGCUGUUGGAGAUUGUAAAAGGUACGAAGUGGCUGUUUUUUGUCCCGAGCAUUUCAUUUGGCCCCCCCACCACCACCCCGGGGCUUCUGUGUUUCUGAUUGUGCUACUACUGUAACUGUCACUAGAUGGCGCUACAAUGCAAGCGAAUGAGCAUGACCGAGGCUGUCCUCCUCCUGUAGAUGCUGUUAAUGUUGCAAAAGGUCUAUAGAGUAAAUUUAUAUAUUAUGCAGUAUAUCCGAGUGGCUGUGUUAUUUUAAUAUCUAACUGUAACUAAUGAUGGAUGUUAUUAGUAUUAUUCUUGUGGCACUUUUAGCGAUUGACAUGGGGGGUAAUGUAGGCUGCUUUGCUGUGGAAGUGAGCUUGAGCUGUGCUUUGCCUUCUUCUGUUUUGGUAAUAAAGUUUUUACCCGAGUACUACAGAG